UCGUCUAUAAAGAGAAAGCGAGCUGCCUCCAUCGACACCGAGGAGGCCAACCGCCCCAAGAUCCAGAGCCUGACUCUCAGAUCGCCGGCUAACGUUAGUCCGCGACCCUUUGACACCAGUGGGGUCCUGAUUUGUCUCUGCACGCCCGAGCCAAAAGUCCCAAGGCCGCGAAACGCCUUCAUUCUAUACCGCCAGCACCGUCAAGCCGGGGUAGUACAGCAGAACCCUGGUCUGGCCAACCCCGAGAUCUCAAAGAUCAUUGGCGAGCUGUGGCGCGACGAACCGGAGGAGCACAAGAUCCAGUGGAAACGGCUAGCCGAG